ACCUGAUGGCCAAAAGAAAGGAAGAUGAUUUCUUUUCUCCUGAAAACGCCAAAAGACCAAGACUAGAAGAGUUGGAGGAUCUUGAUGAUGACGAGUGUGCAGUGUCUUUCACCAACGGUACCUCGGCUCUGACGGCAGCCGAAGUUGGAAUAAUUGAGAGUAUUCAACUGAAAAACUUCAUGUGUCAUUCAAUGCUUGGCCCCUUUAAAUUUGGUUCAAACGUCAACUUUGUUGUAGGCAACAAUGGAAGUGGAAAGAGUGCGGUCCUCACAGCUCUGAUCGUUGGUCUUGGUGGCAAAGCAAUCGCUACAAAUAGAGGAUCUUCCUUAAAAGGUUUUGUGAAAGAUGGACAGAACUCGGCAGAUAUCUCCAUCACCUUAAGGAACCGAGGAGACGACGCCUACCGGGCAAACGUGUACGGUGACUCCAUAGUCGUGCAGCAGCACAUCAGCAUGGACGGGAGUCGUUCUUACAAGCUGAAAAGUGAAUCCGGCAGUGUGGUUUCUACUAAGAAAGAAGAGCUGGUUGCAAUUCUUGAUCAUUUUAACAUACAGGUGGAUAACCCAGUUUCUGUUUUAACACAAGAAAUGAGCAAACAGUUCUUGCAGUCUAAAAAUGAGGGAGACAAAUACAAAUUCUUCAUGAAAGCAACCCAACUUGAACAAAUGAAGGAAGAUUAUUCAUACAUUAUGGAAACGAAAGAAAGAACAAAAGAGCAGAUAAGUCAAGGAGAAGAGCGACUUACUGAACUGAAGCGCCAGUGUUUGGAGAAAGAAGAACGCUUUCAGAGUAUUGCUGGUCUAAGCACAAUGAAGACUAAUUUAGAAUAUCUGAAACAUGAAAUGGCUUGGGCAGUGGUCAAUGAAAUUGAGAAACAGUUGAAUGCCAUCAGAGACAAUAUCAAGAUCGGAGAAGAUCGUGCUGCUCGGCUCGAGAGGAAAACAGAAGAACAGCAGGUCAGACUUAACGAAGCAGAAAAGAAAUACAAGGAUAUUCAAGACAAACUAGAGCAUAUUAGUCAAGAGACCAAUGCACAAGCACCAGAAUGCAUGGCACUGAAAUUAGACCUGGCCAACAAAAAGAAGGCCUAUAAUGAGGCCGAGGUUGUAUAUAAUCGUUCCCUAAAUGAAUAUAGAGCUUUAAGGAAAGAUGAUGAGCAGCUUUGCAAAAGAAUUGAGGAACUGAAAAGUACUGAUCAAUCUUUGGAACCUGAGCGGUUGGAAAGGCAAAAAAAAAUAGCUUGGUUAAAAGAGAAAGUAAAGACAUUACAGGACCAAGACAGUACUUCCCUUCAAGAUAUCGAGCAGUUUCAGCAAGCCAUAGAGAAGGACAAAGAAGAGCACUCCAGAAUUAUGAGAGAAGAACUAGAUGUGAAGCACACACUCAGCUACAAUCAGAGGCAGCUGAAGGAGUUGAAGGACAGUAAAACUGACCGAUUGAAAAGAUUCGGACCUCACGUUCCCGCCCUGCUUGCUGCCAUCGAUGACGCUUACCGAAGGAAGCAGUUUGCCUAUAAGCCUGUAGGGCCUCUAGGGGCCUGCAUUCACCUUCGGGACCCCGAGCUGGCCUUGGCCAUCGAAUCCUGCCUGAAAGGACUUCUGCAAGCCUACUGGUGCCAUAGUCAUGCUGACGAAAGAGUACUCCAGGGACUGAUGAAAAAGUUUUAUUCUCCAGGGACCUCAAGGCCACAGAUCAUAGUUUCUGAGUUCCGGAAGGAGAUGUAUGAUGUAAGGCAGAGAGCUGCUUAUCAUCCAGAGUUCCCAACUGUCCUCACAGCUCUAGAAAUAGACAACGCAGUUGUUGCAAAUAGCCUCAUUGACAUGCGCGGCAUAGAAACAGUGCUCCUGAUCAAAAAUAAUUCUGUGGCUCGUGCAGUAAUGCAGUCGCAAAGGCCCCCCCGGAAUUGUAGAGAAGCCUUUACUGCUGAUGGUGACCAGGUCUUUGCAGGACGUUACUAUUCAUCGGAAAAUACAAGGCCUAAGUUCCUAAGCAGAGACGUGGAUUCUGAAAUAAGUGAGUUGGAGAAUGAGAUUGAAAACAAGAAGGCCCAGAUUUUAAAUCUCCAGCAGCACUUGUCUACCCUUGAAAAAGAUAUUGGGCGCAAUGAAGAUUUUCUGAGAAAGUGUCAGCUGCAUUCUAAAGAACUGAAGAUGAAAAUAAGGAAAAAUUGUUCCGAAAUUCGGGAGCUUGAGAAUAUAGAAGAACACCAGUCUGUAGAUAUUGCCACCUUGGAAGAUGAAGCUCAUGAAAAUAAAAUAAAAAUGAAAAUGGUUGAGAAAAAUAUGGAGCAACAAAGAGAAAAUAUGGAACAUCUCAGAAGUCUGAAAAUAGAAGCAGAAAAGAAGUAUGAUGCAAUUAAACUGAAAAUCAACCAGCUCUCAGAGCAGGCAGACCCGCUUAAGGAUGAAUUAAAUCUUGCCGAUUCUGAAGUAGAUAACCAAAAACGAGGAAAGCGGCAUUAUGAAGAGAAGCAGAAAGAACACUUGGAUACUUUGAAUAAAAAGAAACGAGAACUCGAUAAGAAAGAAAAAGAACUAGAGGAGAAAAUGUCACAGGCAAGACAGAUCUGUCCAGAGCGAAUAGAAGUCAAGAAAUCUGCCUCAAUUCUAGACAAAGAAAUUAAUCGAUUAAGACAAAAGAUACAAGCUGAACAUGCGAGUCACGGAGACCGGGAAGAAAUAAUGAGGCAGUACCAAGAAGCAAAAGAAACCUAUCUUGAUUUGGAUAAUAAAGUCAGAACUUUAAAAAGGUUCAUUAAGUUACUAGAAGAAAUAAUGACCCAUAGAUACAAGACUUAUCAACAGUUUAGAAGGUGUUUAACUCUACGCUGCAAGUUGUACUUUGAUAACUUACUAUCCCAAAGAGCCUAUUGUGGGAAGAUGAAUUUUGACCACAAGAAUGAAACCCUUACUAUAUCAGUUCAGCCGGGAGAAGGAAGCAAGGCCGCCUUCAAUGACAUGAGAGCCCUGUCUGGAGGUGAACGUUCUUUCUCCACCGUCUGCUUCAUCCUUUCUCUCUGGUCCAUCGCCGAGUCUCCCUUCAGAUGCCUGGACGAGUUUGAUGUCUACAUGGACAUGGUUAAUCGGAGAAUUGCAAUGGACAUGAUACUCAAGAUGGCAGACUCCCAGCGUUUCAGACAAUUCAUCUUGCUUACUCCUCAGAGCAUGAGCUCACUUCCGUCAAGUAAACUGAUUAGGAUUCUUCGAAUGUCUGAUCCUGAGAGAGGACAGACUACAUUGCCUUUCCGACCCCUGACUCAAGAGGACGAAGAAGACCAAAGUUGAUUUGUAACUGAAUAUGCCACAUCUUCACACUGAAAGGGAAGAAAAUCAGGACUUUCUGAUGAGAGAAAAUGAAACUGGAGACAGUGAAGUUGAAGAAAACCCCGUUCUCUAUCUUACCCCAGUAACACAUGUACAUAGGCCUAGAAAAACCAGCUACGACCGGCAGUUCAAAGUCACUUUACUCUGAGGACAUCAGUCUCAUAGUACUGGUGGGAAAUCUUUACUGGUUUUUUGUUUUAUUUUGUUUUGUUUUGUUUUGUUUUUAACCAUCUGCUUUUAUAGAUUCUUUUACAGAAGUGAAAUUUUGUACAUAUUUACAUGUACAUAAUCUGUUUAGUUUGGAUUCAUUUCUAAAGUGUUUUGUAAGAAUUAAAAUAAAAGUUUGAGCACGUUUCUAUUUAGUUUCGCUUUCCACAGUUGGAUUUUCAUUGCAGGGGAGGGGGGGCAGCACACAGGCGGUGUAUGGACAGGGGCCAGUUUACAGUGGACUUCUUGUCCUUUUCGCUUACUGAUUAUAAGGUCCCAACACAGGACUGACUAUAAAUACUAUGGACUAAAUCCCUGCAGUGGCAGUUUUUAACUCCAGAGAUACUUUUAAUUAUUAUAUGUCAUCAAAUUUAAGAUACUGUCUGUUUAUAAGACACUUUUAUGGAACACAUACACUGCCAACUCUUGACACAAUGCCUUUCUUUCAGUCUGUUAACCAUUGUCCAUUCAACUAAGUGUCUAGACCACGUCAGGUCUGGAUCUCAGCACAGUUCUGUGUCCUUGUCUGCAGUAUACUCACCUGGCUUAGAAGCCCAGUUAGUUUACAGUCUGAGAGAGGUCACACUCUGGGUUGGCUGAGACAGAGCACACGCGGGGGACAUUGGAGGUGGAGGGUAACUCCCUGGGACUGAAGCAGGAAAAGUCUAGGCUAGUGAUUGUGGGUUAGGCUCUACUCUGAGAUGAAAGGUGGUUUUGGAGAUAAUAGAUGGAAAGUGUGCUUCUCAGAAUGAUAAAAUACAGAAUAUUGUAAGAAAAUGGUGUUUGUGAACUUUUUUUUUAAAGGAAGCGUGAAUAGGACUCCUGCCUGUAUUUUGUUUCAUACUAAACUUAAAAACAAACAGAAAACAUGGUAUCCAACAAAAAGCAUUCCCUAUAUUGCUAGCAAUAAAUAUUUAUGAAAUUCAAGAAGUAUUUUAAGGGAAAAAAAAAAAGACAGUAUUUUUAAAAAGCAAUGGUACUUCUGUAGUUAGUGAGAUAAACCAGAUUUUGUUCUUUUGGUGGGGAAAGAUAAAACUAACUUAGUCUGAAGUGAGAUCAGUUGGCAAAUCAGAAGUCCAGAAUCUUGUGGUUUUCUAAGAAUCGACAGAAGAAAUAUAUGCUGAAUGUUUUAAACAUUCCCCCACUAGCCAUACCAAGUCUUUGAUUUUUUUUUACCGUUACAUUUAUAGCUCAUUUGUAUCAAAGCUAUUUUAACAUAACAGUGCUUUUUCAAAUUAAAAAUGAAACAGUAUACCAAAUAUAUAUAUAAACUUGUAUUCACGAAAUAAUUUCAGUGUCUUGUGUUCUUGUGAUCACUUUUGAAUGUUGUGGGUCUUAGCUCAGAAUCGGAAAAAUAACCAUCCAAGCAUUGUAGUUAAGCCCAAGAGUAUCUCCAUUGCUUUGGCCUGAUGAAGCUUUGAUUUUCAGCCGCCAUAAGUGCAAAUGUCAGUUACUAUUCUGAUUAAUUGUCAUAUUAAUUGGAAGAAAAGAAAUACAAAGAAAUGUUCCUUUAAAACACGUGUAACUUCUCAAAAUAAAAACGUUCAACGUGUGA